UGUACAAGUCCAGGGCCUCACACUUGGCCUCGUUCGUUCUCUAGCUGCACUCACCUUUUACGGCUAUAAGUACAUAGCAACACGUCCAGCAAACGGCCAUCUCCUACCACCACCACAUGGCUAGCUAGGCUUCACUUCACAAAAUCUGAUCAUGCAUUGGUCCGUCGGUUGAUCUCUUCUUCUCUCAUUCUGUCUGCCUCUGUUUACCCAAAUGGAGAAGGGGAGGAGGCGGCGUGUGCCGGCGUUCGGGGAGUGGAACUACUACUACUACAGCGGCGAGCUGUCCACGCCUGCGGCGUCCAACGAGUGGUACGCGCUGGCCCCCGAACAGGAUGCCCGCAGCGAAGCGUGGUUCAAGUACUCGCCGCCCCCUCGGAAGUCACCACCCAUGAAGGUCAGGAGGCCGGACGUGGAUAAGUCUUACAGAGGCGGCAAGCGGGGGCUUCAUCAUGCGACGCCCGCGAGGGCGUCCGACGCCGCGCCACCGACCACAGCGGCGCGCACCCCGGUGAAGGCCGCCACUACCGGUGUGCGGUUGGUACGGUCUGUCGACGCGGACCUGUACCAGGUGCCCCCGAUGGACUUCGUUCCCGACGAGCCGAGACGAAGGAAGGAGUCGAGGACGAGGAGCCAAUGGAUGGGUUGCUUCGGAAUCAAUUGUAUCCACGGAAUAAAUUAAACCGACCUUAUUUAUUUUUUUAUUCUUUUUUCUUCUAUUUGCUCUAUGUAUCUAUAUUAACGUAGCCUUUCUUCAAUUCUAUUAUUUUUUUACUCCUACAGUACAAUAUAGUACUUUUCAACUAUAAUUCAUCUAACUGGUCAUACUUUCACCCUUGUCCACAGAGGACACAUAUCUGACAGGACAUUACAGUUGGUUUUAAAAACUCAUUUGUGAAAGAUAAUUCACUGGUUGAAUAGUCUGCUUGUAGCUCGGUGGAGCUUGGGUAAAAAAAUAUCUAGGAAAUAGAAACAUCACAGACGGCUCCUUACAAUAACAAUAUCAGGUAUCAUCCUAGACAGUUGCAUUUAGGAACCGUUUGUGAUAUCGUCCACCAUCACAAAUGGUUCUAUACAUGAGCAUCCACGGUAUAAUUCUAGACGGAAUUUUACACGAUCCAUGUCCGAUAUGGUAGUAUCAUAGUAAAUUCCCUUCUUGAGUAACCUAGAAGGGUAGGCAAGUGGAUGGUGCGAGUGCUUUAUAUUCACACGGGAGAGUUAGGGUUUUCCCUCUCACUCUAGCCUCUUUCUCUCACUUUACUCUCCAAAGAUCCACUCCAUGGCUACCUCCUCCUUGCCAUCACCCUAGCUGCUUCCCUCUACACCAUCACCAUAACCAUUGUUCACACUGUCCUCCAACUGCUAUAACGAGUUUGACAACUAGGUGGAGGCUCUUUUAACCAAGCUUGGCUACAGCGAGUAAGCGCCACCAUCGGUCAACAAUGAGGAGCCCAGCGUCAGUACUCAGACCUUUAGGAGGAGCCCAAGGAAAACGAGGACUCAGAGCCUAAGCCCAUGGAAGAGGAGGAGUUAGAGCGUGAGCCCAAGGAGGAGAGCUAUGAUGACGGCGAUGACAACGACGAUAAUAAGGCAUAUUUUGGCAAUAUCAAGGUCACCAAUGUUUACAGCGGUAUCGUCAAAAUGAAAGAAGAUAUUUUUAUGAAAAGGAAUGGA